GCCUCGGUGCUGCCUGGCACUGGGUCUGUGCUAGCCUGCCCAGUCUCCUGGGCCCUCCUUUCUUAUUCUAGUGCAGCCCCAGAAUUUUUUAGUUGUGUGAACUGUUUAAGGGUGUGAACUGUUGGCCCUGGGAGGGUGCAACCCCCAUGUUGCAGGGAACAGGAGCACAUGGCUCUCCGUGACUCCUUGGGACGUUCACCCCCACGCCCCUGAACAUGGGCUAGGGUGAGCCUGUAGGUCAGGGCUCCAGGGCCACAAUGCACGUAUCUGUCUCUCUUCUGGGCCACAGCCACCCCACAUCCUGCUGCAGCGCCGCGGAGAUCAUGGCUGUCCUCUUUUUCCACACCAUGCGCUACAAGUCCCAGGACCCCCGGAACCAGCACAACGACCGCUUUGUGCUCUCCAAGGGUCACGCUGCUCCCAUCCUGUACGCCGUCUGGGCUGAAGCUGGCUUCCUGCCGGAGGCAGAGCUGCUGAACCUGAGGAAGAUCAGCUCCGACUUGGACGGGCACCCUGUCCCGAAACAAGCUUUCACUGAUGUGGCCACUGGCUCCCUGGGCCAGGGCCUUGGGGCCGCUUGCGGGAUGGCCUACACCGGCAAAUACUUCGACAAAGCCAGCUACCGUGUCUAUUGCCUGCUGGGAGACGGGGAGCUGUCGGAAGGCUCUGUGUGGGAGGCCAUGGCCUUUGCCGGCAUCUACAAGCUGGACAACCUCGUUGCCAUUCUUGACAUCAACCGCCUGGGCCAGAGCGAUCCUGCCCCACUGCAGCACCAGAUGGACGUCUACCAGAAACGCUGCGAGGCCUUCGGCUGGCACUCCGUCAUCGUGGACGGACACAGUGUGGAGGAGCUCUGCAAGGCCUUUGGCCAGGCCAAGCACCAGCCCACAGCCAUCAUCGCCAAGACCUUCAAGGGCCGAGGGAUCACAGGGGUAGAAGAUAAGGAGUCUUGGCAUGGGAAGCCCCUCCCCCAAAACAUGGCUGAUCAGGUCAUCCAGGAAAUCCACAGCCAGAUCCAGAGCAAGAAGAAGAUCCUGGCGACUCCCCCACAGGAGGACGCCCCCUCAGUGGACAUCACCAACAUCCGCAUGCCCACGCCACCCAGCUACAAAGUUGGGGACAAGAUAGCUACCCGCAAGGCCUACGGGCAGGCCCUGGCCAAGCUGGGCCACGCCAGUGACCGCAUCAUUGCUCUGGAUGGGGACACCAAGAAUUCCACCUUCUCAGAUCUCUUCAGAAAGGAGCACCCAGAUCGCUUCAUCGAGUGCUACAUUGCCGAGCAGAACAUGGUGAGCAUCGCUGUGGGCUGUGCCACACGCAACAGGACCGUACCCUUCUGCAGCACUUUCGCAGCCUUUUUCACACGGGCCUUCGACCAGAUUCGCAUGGCGGCCAUCUCCGAGAGCAACAUCAACCUCUGUGGCUCCCACUGUGGCGUGUCCAUUGGGGAAGAUGGGCCCUCUCAGAUGGCCCUGGAAGAUCUGGCCAUGUUUCGAUCAGUCCCCAUGUCAACUGUCUUUUACCCAAGUGAUGGGGUGUCUACAGAGAAGGCGGUGGAAUUAGCAGCCAAUACAAAGGGCAUCUGCUUCAUCCGGACCAGCCGCCCAGAAAACGCCAUCAUCUAUAGCAACAACGAGGACUUCCAAAUCGGACAGGCCAAGGUGGUCCUGAAGAGCAAGGAUGACCAAGUGACUGUGAUUGGAGCCGGGGUGACCCUGCAUGAGGCCUUGGCUGCUGCUGACCUGCUGAAGAAAGAGAAGAUCAACAUUCGCGUGUUGGACCCUUUCACCAUCAAGCCCCUGGACCGGAAACUCAUUCUUGACAGUGCCCGAGCUACCAAGGGCAGGAUCCUCACAGUGGAGGACCACUACUAUGAAGGUGGCAUAGGUGAGGCGGUAUCCUCUGCAGUAGUGGGCGAGCCUGGCGUCACUGUCACCCGCCUGGCUGUCAGCCAGGUACCAAGAAGCGGGAAGCCAGCCGAACUGCUGAAGAUGUUUGGCAUUGACAAGGACGCCAUUGUACAAGCUGUGAAGGGCCUUGUCACCAAGGCCUAGGGAGGGGGGCUCUACACAUUCCUGAGAGAUUUCUGGCAGAGGUGCUCAAAGAUGUACUGAGAGGAGUGGUAAAUAUAUCUUUUGAGAAAAAUCAA